CACAUCUGCACCUGACGCUCAGAGAACACACAGACAGGCAUGUCGACUGCAGCGGCUGCUCUCCUGCUCUUCACAGCAGUGUUCUGGGGCAAGACGGAAGCAUUUUCCGAUGAUGCCUUGGACUGCUGUCUGUCGACGUCAGGACAACUGGUUCCACGUCACAUUGUAGUGUCCUACAUGGUGCAAAGCCAAGAUACUGGCUGCUCCCUAUCAGCUACAGUGUUCAUCACAAGGAAAGGCAAGAGGCUAUGUUCUCCACCUCCAGAGCACAAAGCAUAUCCUUGGGUGGCAAAACUCAUAGCACAUCUGGAGAAGCUGCAAGAAAAACAGCACAACAAAAGACAGUGAGUGAACAGGAUCAAAACAUCAGCCUAAACUGAGCGGAAUAACAUCUAGGUCUUUGUGUCCAGAUGCUCUGUGCUGUGAUCACAAUGUGAAAGAAGCUACACUUCACCUGUUUUGUUGUUCUAAUUGUUCUCUUUUAAUUGUUCACAUUUCAGCAGUGAUACACAAAUGUCCUUACCUUUCAUUGGUGAGUGUGCAUGUGUUUGAGUGCACACCUCAAAGCUUUUUUUAAGCAAUAAAUAAUUGCAUGUCUUUCCAUGAAUUGUGUGUAUGUAGUUUUGGGGUGAGUGAAUUCAAAUAAAGUUAGUAAGCCUAAUUUUUUUUUUAGAAUUAUUGUUUUUGCACUUUAUUAAAUGAAAAUAAAAAAAUA